AUUCGCUGUCCAGAGCCUAGGUAUGACUUCUGUAUGUCAUUACUCUGAGAGGAUUCCAGGAAACUGGGACAGGUCGUAAUUCCAAGUAAGGCCUUAGUGGGAGUCCACACGUGCUUUUAAUUCAUCACUAAUUUUAAGUGACUACCUUUACUAAGAAACGAAUUUCAUAUAAAGAUGCAAGUUUUCGUCGAAGUGAAAUUUCCAAUUCGUAUCCUGUAUUUUCUAACGUUUUUUACAACUUUGGUAUUUGUUGAAGGCGCUAAAAUUAGGUGUAUCAAAGUUGAUGAGUGUUCUUGCAAAACAAGCGAAGAGACAGGGCCACAGAAAGAAAUCUCACUAUGGCCAAUGCCAAGUAAGGGAAAAAGUCACGGAGCUGCUAAUUGGCUGUACGACUUUAACCUUUGCCAUGGGCUCGAAAAAAAUGCAGAUGUUCCAGAUGGAGGGUGUCCAAACUCAACGGUUUGUCAGUUUUCUGAAGGGAACAAGAACGAAACUUUCGAAAUCGGAAGGUUUGGAAAUGCAACAUUUGGCCAAUACGAAGAAGAAACAAAGUCCAUUACCUUGGUUUACUAUGGUACACAUCAAGAGGGUGCAACAAGGUCGAUUACUAUUACUCUACAGUGUGACGAAGAUGGAAAUAUUACCACAGCAAAGUAUGGCAUUGUGAAUUCGCGGCCUUUAGACCCUACCAAAUUUAUUGUCACAAUUAAAGCUAAAGCUGCAUGUCUACGUCCUUUUGCUUCUUAUUCCACGUCACAACUGGUUCCAUAUUCAACAUCACAAGUGAUUCCCUAUCCUACGCCACAAAUCACCUCUUAUCGUACCUCACAAGUGAUCCCCUAUCCUACGCCACAAAUCACCUCUUAUCCUACCUCACAAGUGAUCCCCUAUCCUACAUCACAAGUGAUCCCCAAGCGUACCUCACACGUGAUCUCCUCUCUUACAUCACAAGCCAUUCCUUAUUCUACUACAUCACCAGUGGACAUCUAUUCCACCUCACAAGUAAUUCCUCAUCCUCGUAAUGAUGUUGAAAGCGUUGGUGGUGGAUUAAAAACUGUUUAUAUUGUUAUCAUUACUAUUGGAGGAUUUCUGUUAUUUCUUGCUGUUGGUUGUUAUGUUGCCUACAGAAGGGUCAUGAAACGAAGAAGAUAUUUAUUAAUUGCGGAAGGUGAAGAUAAUAUGCGGAUAGGUGUCUAG